ACGCCUGUUUUAAUGACAUUAAAUUAACAAAUUAACGUUGAAAACAAUACGCGGCGACAGUCAUAAAUUUUGACAGACCACCUGAAAUGUCACCGUCAUAAAUAAAUCGUAAAAAAACGCCUCUGUUUAUAAAUUUCCGGCAACAAUUACAAACCACCCGGACAAAAACGCCUCAACACCAUGCUGGUAUUAGUGUUAGGAGACCUCCACAUUCCGUACCGAUGCAGCAGUCUGCCGGCCAAGUUCAAAAAGCUCCUGGUGCCCGGACGCAUCCAGCACAUACUGUGCACCGGCAACCUGUGCACCAAAGAGUCGUACGACUACUUGAAAACGUUGGCGAGCGACGUCCAUGUAGUGAGGGGCGACUUCGAUGACAAUUCCAACUAUCCGGAACAGAAGGUGGUGACGGUGGGACAGUUCCGCAUCGGGCUGUCGCACGGGCACCAGGUGGUGCCGUGGGGCGAUCCCGAGUCGCUGGCGUUAAUACAGCGACAGCUGGACGUCGAUAUUUUGAUAUCGGGACACACGCAUAAGUUCGAGGCGUACGAACACGAGAACAAGUUCUACAUUAAUCCCGGCUCCGCCACAGGAUCGUAUAAUGCUCUGGAUACGUCAAUCACUCCCUCCUUCGUGUUGAUGGAUAUUCAAAACACUACAGUAGUAACAUAUGUGUACCAAUUAGUGGGUGAUGAAGUGAAAGUGGAAAGAAUAGAGUACAAGAAGAAUUGAAUAAAAUUAUUCCUUUUUUACAUUAUUAUUGUUGGAAAUGUGCAUUUAUACAGUUAAUCUAAUUGUAAUCUCGAAAACAAAAGUCUAAGUGCAUAUAACGAGUUACUGGACAAAAUUGUACUAUAUAUUUAAGAAUAAAUAUGUUUAUUGUA